CUGUGUACGAGUGGCAUUCCCGCGCCUUACGACGAUCAUCCAAGCAUGGACGACACUUAGAUCUCCGGGAUGGCUGGUGUGAACUACCUGUGCCACACGAUCAUCGGCCCACGCUGUUAGGGCUUCUACCAUACUCACACUCGGCGGAGAUACUGGGGUAUGGCUUUGCUAUCGGAACUUGCCAUUUCCUAUACUGGCAAAUGUGCAGUAAAUCUCCUGCCCAUUUACUGCAUCAAUUGGGCCGUCGUUUGUCGUUACAUGUUAAAGACUCGAAUAGGUACUGUGAAGGGAACUGGACUGGCUUCUGUGUCGCAUGGACAGAGUAGUUACUGUGUGGAAACAGUCACGACUCUAUGAUGACCACUUACACGUCCCAACAAUGGAACACCCACGGACUCGUCUGGCCCACUCCCACGAGCACCGCACAGCGAGACCCAAAAGAACGCGAGUUGUGGCCAUGGAACAUCUCGACCGUUGUCAUACAGGCAUCGAAGACAUCCAGUCUCUCCCGUUCGCCGCUUGGCAUGGAUCAGCCUCGUGCAUUAGUCCUCGCCCUUGGCUCUGGGCCAUUCUAAUCGCUCAACGCUGUAAGCCACUUAGCUGCACCAAAGCUGGCCCGGACACGCCAAAGCGGCAUCCGCCCCCCCAUCUUGGUUGUCUGGCACCCGGAAGACAUGCAUUUGGAUACUUGCGUGCUUGCGUAAAGUAUAUACAAAUGCUUCUUCGUCCUACCCACUACUGUUCCAAGCAACUGCCCGCAUGCUGGUCUGAGAUGACCUCGGGGCAGUGGAAAUCCAGUAUCACCUAUGCUUCGUGAUCUCUGCCUCGGAGAAGGGAGUCCCCAGCUUUUUGUCUUGCACUUUUCCUCGAC